AUGUCCAACCUCCCCACCAAAGACGAUAUCAAGGCCCAAGCCGUCGACGGCCGCCCAAUCACCCAAACCGAAGCCGCAGCUCUCGCCUCCGAAGAGUCUGGCCUAACGGGCGGUGGUCCCAUCAAGGGUGGUGCCGCUGCUACUGCGCAGAGCUUGCAUGAUAAGCAAAUGAACUUUUUGGAAAAGGCUGGUGAUGUUGUGAGGAAGGCGCCUACUGAGGUUACCAAGGAGGAUGCUGCCGAGGUGCAAAAGGCUGAGGCUCGCGCAAAGGGUGGUCCUCCAGGAAAGGGCUCUACUGCUGCUGAUGUGCAGUCUGUUGCGGAUCAAAACGCCCAGGCUUAA